UGUAAUUGCAUCUCUUACUCUAAUUAACAAGGACCUAGAAACACAAGCAAACCUUAACUAAACAAAAUGACAAUUUUUGCUUCGAGAUUGCAAGCUUAUUCCAUUGCAUCAUGAUUCACCAUUUCCUUGUCCUUUUGUCUAUCACGUGCAUGAUUUUGCAUACCUCUUUUUGAUCAUGAUUGAAACAAGAAGGAAAAUCCAUCUUUGAUUUAUUAAUUGAAUCUCAACCUCAAAAUCUCACUUUUUUAAUCAAACCUGCAGCAAGGAAAAUUCAUCUUUGAUUUUGCACUCGUCAGUCGUCACCUCAAACGUCAUGACACACUCAUCCCUCCACUACUUAUCCCAAACUUUUAUGAUAUCUACACAUAUUUAUACAUUCCAACUUUCCAAUUCAUCACUUAAGAUGUGCAUAUAUAGGAAAUCCUUCCUUGACCAAUGGAAAACCACCACGUGCUCAUAGUAACCUUGCCAGCACAAGGCCACAUCAACCCUUCCCUCCAAUUUGCCAAGAAGCUCAUAAAAACGGGCGUCCACGUCACCUUCGCCACCAGCCUCUCCGCGCGGCGGCGCAUGGCGGAGACCGCCGCCAACAAGGGCCUAAACCUCCUCACAUUCUCCGACGGAUACGACGACGGUUACAAGCUCAGCGACGACACCAAAAAAUUCAUGACUAGUAUACGAAGCAACGGCUCCAAGGCCUUGAGAGACGCCAUCGCCGCCGCAGCGGAGGAGGGCCGCCCCGUCACGUGCCUAAUCUACACUAUCCUCCUCCCCUGGGCGACGGAGGUGGCGCGUGAGCUCCAUAUCCCCAGCACGCUCCUCUGGAUCCAACCGGCCACCGUCUUCAGCAUAUACUACCACUUUUUCAACGGAUUUUCCGACGAAAUCACCCAAAAAUCGGAUAAUCCAGGCUGGAAAAUCGAAAUCCCCGGAGCUCCGCCGCUCUCGAAAACCGACCUUCCCACCUUCCUCCUCCCUUCUUCGUCCUCGGAAGCGCUUGCGGCGUUUAUGCAGCAGUUCGAAGCGCUCGAUGCCGAGCCGAGCAAGCCGAAGGUGUUCGUCAACACCUUUGACUCGCUCGAGGCAGAAGCGCUCACUGCGAUCGACCGCUACGAGCUGGUCGGAGUCGGACCGCUGAUUCCAUCCGCUUUCAUCGGCGGAGAGGAUUCGUGGGAGAAGUCGUUCGUCGUCGACUUCUUCGAGAAAUCCGAAGGCUGCAUCGAGUGGCUGAACUCGAAGCCGCAGUCGUCGGUGGUCUACGUGUCGUUCGGGAGCCUGCUGAGGCUCCCGAAGGCACAGAUGGAGGAGAUCGCGGCCGGCCUCCUUCGCUCUGGGAGGCCGUUUCUGUGGGUAAUGCGAGGCGAGGAGAAGGAGAAGGAGAGUGAGAAGCUGAGCUGCUUAGAAGAUUUGGAUAAGAUUGGGAAAAUCGUGACGUGGUGCUCCCAGCUAGAGGUGCUGACGCACCCCUCGCUGGGAUGCUUUGUCACGCACUGUGGGUGGAAUUCGACUCUGGAGAGCCUGUCGUGUGGGGUCCCGGUUGUCGCGUUCCCUCGAUGGACGGAUCAGGGGACGAAUGCGAAGAUGAUAGAGGAUGUUUGGAGGAUUGGGGCUAGGGUUAGAGCUAAUGAGGAUGGGAUUGUGGAGAGUGAGGAGAUUUGGAGGUGUGUUGAGGAAGUGAUGGAUGGUGGAGUCAAGAGUGUGGAAUUCAGGCAAAAUGCUAAUAAAUGGAAGGGAUUGGCCAGAGAAGCUGCGGCGGAAAAUGGAUCUUCCACCAUGAAUUUGAAGGUGUUUUUAAAUCAAGCAUGUUGAAGUCAUCAUUAGUAGGGAUGUUAAUCGGACUGGACUAAUAUGUCUGGCCGGAAUUAGAAAAUUAAUUCUUCCUUCCUAUGAAUUAAGUUUAACUAAAGCUAGUGCUAAUAUAUAUGCCUUGAUCUUGUAAAUUGA